UUUUUUUUUCUUUUUUUUUCUUUUUUUCUUUUUUAUAAUUUAACGUGAUAAAAAUGCAGUGUUUUUAUAACUUUAAAAAGGACACGUCUGAAAAACAAAUCAUAGUUUUAAAACCAAAUUAUGAGUUUUUAAUGUGGAAACUCCAAAUUAACACCCCAAAAAAUAUGAACAAUAUUAUGAACCCACUCUCUCUCUUUUACGAUCAUUAUGCAGAAGCAACGAAGAAUUACUCACAAAAAAAAUCUAUUGAAAAAUUUAAGUCAGAAAUUAUCAAGGCUUGGAAUAAUGCAGAUAGAGAAGUUCGUAUAAAAUACAAUGAACUUGCUUCACUGCUUUUUAAUGCAAUGCAAAUUAAUAAUUUAGGGAUGAAUUUUGCUAUGAAAGUCUAUUUCAAACCUGAAAUUGAAAUCUUUUUUGAUAAAAGAAUAAAUACAUCAAAGACUCUUUUGAAUUUGCCGAAAAAGCAAAAAGUUUAUUUAAUUUUGUGUGAAGUAAUUUCGGAUACAAAAUCAGUAUUUAUAAAAUUAUUAAUUCAAUAGAUUAAUUAAUAUGUUUAAAUUU